AUGUCUGGGAAAGAGCUUCUGCCUAGUCCAGCAGGAUCUCGAGUCGGCAAAGAGGUUGCUGAGAUUGUGGCGAAAAAGCUGCAAUUUCCGUUGACCCCUGAUGACUCUUUGAGAAACUCUGAUAGUGAAGACGAGAGUGUUAGCAAACAAGGGUUUUCCAUUGAUCAAAAGUCUACAGAAAAUGCCAUAGAGGAAGUUAAGAAGAUACGGGAAACCCCUAAGAAAACAAGAAAAUUACCCCUGAGAUACAGACCGCCUAAUGGUACCAUCCUUGAGAUAAGCUCGUUUACCGAAUCACAGUCAUUACAAGAACAAGACGAUCAAAUCGAUGUGCAAGACCUUUCUUUUCUGCAUCAUGCUCUAGAGUACUCCCAGAGAAUGGUGGUAGUAUCUGGCGCUGGAAUAUCGGUGGGGUCAGGGAUUCCGGAUUUCAGGUCCGCUAACGGGUUGUUCCAAGGGCUUUCUUCUCAGGCUGGUCCUGGAGGAAGUGGAAAGCAACUUUUUGACUAUAAUGUGUUUAGAUCUGAGGAAUCCACACAAAAAUUUCACAAAAUGAUCCAACGACUAUUUCAGAUGUCCAGAGAGGCCGAACCUUCAAAGUUCCACAGGUACAUCGACAAAGUGUCGGGUUCCGAUAGACUGGUGAGACUGUACACCCAGAACAUUGACUGUUUGGAAAUCCAGUUGCCAAACCUUGCCACUGCAACUCCUUUGAUCCCCAGACCCCCGUUUCCUAAAACUAUUCAGCUUCAUGGAAAUGUGCAGUUGAUGUCGUGCUCGAAGUGCAAGUACACUACGAACAUGGACCCGUCUUUCUUCGAACACAGCAAAGGGGGCAUCUGCCCCGAGUGCGAAGAGUGGGAGACAAUCAACCAAAUAGCCGGAAAAAGAGCUCGCGGCUGCGGUGUAAUGAGACCAAGAAUUGUGCUGUACAACGAGUUUCAUCCAGAUGGAGAAACCAUUGGCAAAGUCUCAGCCACGGAUCUCAGGGCGAAGCCAGAUUGUCUCGUGGUAGUCGGUACAACGCUGAAGAUUCCUGGAGUGAGAAGAUUGGUGAAGGAAUUAUCACGAGUAGUCCAUUCUCAGAAGGGCUGUAUUAUUUGGAUCAACACAGAAAUGCCUUCAAUGUCAAUCGUGGAUUAUGUUGAACAUUUCGAUCUGAUAGUUGUGGGAGACUGCCAGUUGAUUCCCACCAUAAUGGAAAAGUUCAACCACGAAAUCGCAUCCAAGAAGAGGAAACCAAGGCAGAUAAAGGAACGUCAAGGGAAAGUAAUCAAGAAGUCAAAGAAAAAUUUGAAACAGUCCCAAUUGGUCCCAAUAAAAGCUGAAGAUCCAAACUAA